GGAACACAUUUCCAAACGUCGAUUUAUAUAUCACCUCGCCCAGGUAUAUCGACUAAAUGAGCUGUGCCAAAUACUUUCUCUUCAAGACAGUGUCGCGUUGCUGACAAAGUUGAUGUGGGGCAGAAGACAUUGUUGCGCAUUCACCAGUUUAAAGGCCACUACUACCUAGUAACUGAUGGUAUAUCCAGUCGUAUAGACUGACUAUAUACGUCCUUUCACUUUCCUUCACUUCUUCUUUCUCUGCCUCCUCUUUCAACGACGACACCGUGGGAACUCACCGCUCGGGAUGGCUAGCAUUGACGAUGUAAAUUUCGAGCUUCCCAAACUACGCACCUCCUUCUCUCUCGAGAACGACACCAGGUUCCUCGGCAGCGAUGAUAAUAUUGCAGAGUUUUUUGAUGUCAAAUUCUGUCCUUACCAGCCACUCGACCAUGAGCCCGUCUUUGCUGCGAUUAGCAAGAAACAUGUGAUAAUCUGCCGGCUCACGAAGGACCCAAAUGAAACUAAUCCCUGCCAAGUUAUCAACGUCAUAAGAGACGACGAUGAUGAAGCCGCUAGCUGUUGCUGCACGUGGACGAUGGAUACCGUGAACGGUAGACCGUAUAUCUGCAUUGGCGGCGUGGAUGCCAAAGUCAAGAUUUAUGACGUGGUUGAUGGACAGUUGAUCGAGUGUUUUGUCGGCCAUGGCGGGGACGUUAACGACUUGGCAACCUCCCCCGUUAAUCCUCACAUCAUCGCCUCCGCCUCUGAUGAUACGAGUAUACGGAUAUGGAGUUUUGAAGAAAAGCACAGGAGCCAGCCAUGUUUAUGUAUCCUUGCGGGGGAGGGGCAUUCGUGGAAUCUCCUCAGCGUAGCUUUUCACGAAACCGGCCGAUAUCUUUUAUCAGGUGGUCACGACCAGAUCAUUAAUUUAUGGACUAUUCCUGAUCUCCCCAAUGAACCAAUUGCCACGCCCCUACAGGUUCAUUAUCCUCAUUUUUCAACUUCUGCAGUCCACAGCGGCAUUGUCGAUUGUGUCUCAUUUUAUGGAGAUCUCAUCCUAUCUAGGGCAUGCCACGACGAUGUCAUCGUGCUCUGGAAGAUUGAGGGUUUCUCUUCAGACGACCCUCUGCCAACCCAGAGCACUGCUCCUACGCCACAAAACGUACUGCCAACAAACUAUGAGGACCCCGGGCGACUAACGCGAUCUGCCUUCGUCCCUUUAACAUCUCCUCAAUGCCCGGUCCAAUAUACCCGGCUAUUGGCAUUCCACACUCCGAACUGUGGACCUCAGUUCUUCAUGCGUUUCAAGCUACAUCAUGUCCCUAAUCAAAAUCCUGUGCUUGCAUUUUGUAAUGCUGCGGGUAACAUUUUCUUCUGGGAUUUAAAGCGACUGACGGCUCACCGCGACGUCAUGUCGAAGCUGGCGAAAUCCACGGACAAGAGCAAGCCACUACAACUGCCAAGCUGGCAGAGACCUGUUAUUCCACGUGCAAAAGGAGAUGCAUCGAGCAAGCUUCGACCAACAGACAGUGACCAAGACAUGUCGACUCCAGUGUACAUAAACCAAACGGAUUCUCGCGAGUUCAGUUCAGAGACGCUGGAAUCAUGGGCAACAAGAUACAGCAUGGAUGAUGCUCAUGAGCCGUUGCGACAUCAUAAGAUGGAGUCGUCAUCGGCCAACUUUGUGGGUAGACAGGCGUCAUGGAGCCCUGGGGGAGAAUGGUGUGUCGUAGUUGGGAGCUCCAAUACCGCCUUGUUGCUGCAGCGCUGGGCUUCGAAAUAGUCCCGCAAAAUAAUGAAAUAAGUAAAUGAGCUGCUGCCAUUAAUAUAAGUCUCGAUUUCCAUAUACCUACGCGGAGUUGAGGGUCAUGUAAAGGUUGUCUUACUAUUCCAUAUUCAUCUUCCUGGAAGGAUGCGGUAUGAUGAGCACAUUGUUUCACAAAGUGGUCAAGUUUCAUAAUUACCUUCUUGCAAAGGCCGUAGAAUAAGACCAUAGCAAUGAGUCCAAAGUCCUGGAUUCGUAUGAGUCGCG